UGUUCAUUUGGUGUGUUGUUUUGAUUGGUAUGUACGUUACUGCCUAUGUAACUUAUGGAUUUACAUAUGAGUAUGAAGUUAAAGCUAUUGCAAUAAGUUUAGGCAGACCAAUUUGGUGUUUACAACUCUGUUGGAUUGUAUAUAGUUGUCUUGUUGGUCAAGGAGGUAUUAUCAACUGGUUUUUAUCUUGUGGAUUCAUGCAACUUGGAGGAAAGCUAGUAUACUGCCUUUAUCUCAUGCAUGGACCCAUAAUAUCUUAUACAGCUAUGGAAACUAGAACAACAUUGCAUUUUACCGACUAUAUUUUGUUCUAUAACUUCUGUGGUCAUUUGAUCGUUACAACAUUCGUAGCAAUAUUUUGGACAUUGGCUUUUGAGUCGCCAGUAAUAAUUUUGGAGAAAGCAUUAUUACGAGGGAGCGGACGCAAACCAGCAGCAAAAAAGACAGAGUAUCCAAUAGCAGAAAAGAAAGGAAAUGAAAAAGUUGUGUAGGAGGUUACUAUAUUCUCAAAUUAUUUAAUUCAUUUUCUUUGUAAACUUUAAUUAUUAAAAAACUUAAGUUAUAAUUAUUUCCCCUAGUAAUAUAAUAAUCACCAUGGGAAAUCCCUUCAAAUAAACUAAGGCUCGCUACUCGUACAUGACUUUCGACCUAUUGAGUGUUAACAAGUGUUAAAAUUGAGUUUAAUUCUGUGAUGAUAGUGUAUAUUUAAAAUAAUAAAUAAUCCAAAUUGAAAAUAUGUCUCAAAUGUAUUUUUAAAAUAAUCGGAGAUACCCAGCAACCUGAAAUUCAAAUAAUAUCAAUUUGGAGAGCAGGAAAAUUAGAAAUGAAAAUAUGAAAUUUAUCAUAUUCAUCACUUGUCAUAUCUUAUCAAAUAAAGUCAGAAAAAACUUAAGACGAAAUCUAAUUAUUAUAAAAAUUAUAUUGAGUUAGGUUAGUUAAGUAAGAGUUAGUUAAACUUAGUUAAGUAAGAGUUAGUUAAAGCUUAAGAAUUAAUUUAGUAAGAGGCAUUAAACAUGUGUGUGUGUAAACCAAAAAAAUAUUCAAAUUAGAUAAACAUAUAUGGG